AUGCAGAGUGGUAGUGAGGAAAAAAUAGCGCGAAGUUCAAACUGGUUUCAGGGAAAUUUUAGACUGGGGAGGACUAGUAGCGUAGGGGACAUUGAGGGAAUAGAGACAGGGGCUAAAAGAAAAAAUAGGGAGCAAGAGGGAGAGGAGAGUCUCACAAAAGGAAAAGGGGAUAGGGAUAUAAUAAAAAAAAGCAGGCUUCAGUUCAGACAGAGCACAAAAGAAAAGGUUCUGGAAACUGGGGGAAUGGAAACGCUUAUGAAAAAGUUGGAGGACUUGGAUAACAGAAUCAAACUCAAAUGUAAAAACGUUAGUGAUGAAGUAGGGGUACUGAGGUUAGAAGGAAAAAAGGAAAGGGAAGAGAUGAAGAAAUGGUGGGAAGAGGAGAAGAAAUACAUGAGAGAAAAGAUUGAUGGGUUAGAGGACAGAAUCAACGAACUGGAGAAGGACAAUAGUGAGAAGCGGAAAAAAAAAGAAAGAGAGGCAAGAAGAAAAAAUGUGAUAGUAAAGGGAAUUGUUUUUAAAGAAGGUGCGGAUUGGAAAGGUGAAAUUGAAAAAAUUUGGAAUGAGAUGGAGAUCGUAGGGGGAAAAAAGACCUACAAAAGGAUUGGUGGAGUAGACAAGGAAGGAAAAGGACUGGUGUUGGUGGAACUUGAAGGGUUAGACAGGAAAAGAGAGAUGAUGACGGCUAAAAACAAGCUAAAAGGGGAAAAAGACGACCUGACUUUCGAGGAGAGGAGGAUAAGGAGGAUUAUUCUGCAAGAAGCGGUAAAAGAAAGGAACUGCGGUAACAAUGUAAAAGUGGGCUAUAUGAAAAUGUGGGUAAAUAGACCAUUGAGGUUAUGGGAUGAGGCAAAAGGAUGUUGGAAAAAGUUACAGGGAAACGAGUAA